AUGCAGCGGGGCCCAGCUCAAUUGAGUUCCGUGUCAGACCUGUACGUUAGCGACGAAAUAUCGGUACUGCUUGAAGAAAUCCACGACUUGGAACCGAAGGGCAACAUCGCUCCCAUCGACGACGAACAAGAGUUCGAGAUCAACGGCAGUCAGACGGGAGGCUCUUGGCUGGAAGUCACCAACAGUAUGGCAGGCACGCCGGGAUCGUGGGAUUCGCACGCCAAUUAUAAACAUCAGGAGGCGUCCAGGGCCAGAUAUAACGGAGUAGUGUUGCACUACGACAAAAGACCAAUGAAGACACCAUCAGGCGUCAUCCGAGUUCUGCUAUUGGUCACCUGUGUUUUGUGCAUGUUUUGCCUAUGUUUUGCCGGCACUUCCAGGUUGGCAUUGUUCAUGUUGCCAAUGCUUAAUCGAAUACGGUUCAUACUGUUUGUCACAUUGUUCAAUUUUCUAGUCACCGGAGCUAUACUAUUUUUGGAUGUCACACACACUGUGUACUUAUUUCCGUUCAACUGGGGAAAAUUGAAUGUUUUGUUCUAUGUUAUGAUGACCAUAUUGUGCCUCACGAGCUCCUCGUUGGUUCUUCAUCAAGUAUAUUCAUUUCACGAGUUUUACACAUGGGUACCACGCGCUACACGCCAUCAAUUGCUCGCUGCUGCAGUUUUAGGUUAUUUAUGUGCACUGGAGACGUUGUUGCUGGCCUUGCUGAGUCGCUGUGAUGGUUUGGGCGGUCUGCAUUACCGCCAAGUUAAAGACGAUAUGACAAGUCCACCCAAUACAUUGGCUCUACGUCAAAGAGUCCCACCACCACCCACAGUAGUAUAUUCACCAUCACCGUCUCCUUCAUUUUGCUUACGAUCCAUCAAUCCCAAGUCAUAA